GUGGCGGUCCCGCAUCUGGCUGGACCAAUUCCGGCCCGGCGCUACCCUUCCCCGCCCGCCUCCAAGCAGCCGGGGGCCGCCGCAGCAGCAGCCCCCCGCUGGCGCGUGACGGGACGGGAGGCGGGCCCGGGCCAGCCCCGGCGCGCGGCCUGCAGGCUGCAGCAGGAUGCGGGCUACGCGGAAGCGGCUCUGCUCCGCGCUGCUGGCCGCCUACUUGCUCUUCUCCCUCUACGCCGCCUACAGCGUCUUCCUGCGGCCGCGGCGGCCCCCCGCCUCCCGGGGCGGCCCCCGGCAGCCGCGGCUCGGCAGAGAACGCUCAUCUUUGGGAAAUGAAGAAUGGAAUCCUUGGGAAGGAGAUGAAAAAAAUGAGCAGAUUGCUUCACAGCAGAGAUAUGAAACUAAUCUUCAAAUGUUAAAAAAUUUGAAAUCCCAACAAGAACAAACAGACCUUAAAGUGCAGAUCUGGGGUAAAGCAGCCAUUGGUCUUUACCUCUGGCAACAUAUUCUUGAAGGUCUGCUUGAACCUGCUGAUGUGACUGCUCAGUGGAGAGAAGGAAGCAUAAAGGGAGGAAAAACACAUUUCAGUUUCAUCACUGGUCCAGCCGUAGUCCCGGGAUACUUUUCAGUAGAAGCUGAUAAUGUGGUUCUAGUUCUGAAUGGAAGAGAGGAAGCAAAGAUCACUUACGCCACUCAGUGGUUGCAUUAUGCACAAACUUUAAUACAAACUCGCAAGCUGAGGCAUGUUGCCAUUGUGCUGCUUGGAAGUGAACAGUGUAACAAUGAAUGGAUUCACCCAUACCUGAAAAGACACGGAGGAUUUGUGGAACUACUUUUUGUAGUAUACGACUGUACCUGGGUAAACGAAGAAGAUAUUUUCCAGUGGCCUUUAGGAGUAGCUACAUAUAGGAAUUUCCCCAUCGUAGAGCCCAACUGGUCAAUGCUACGUUCUCCAAGAUCAUAUCUAUGUAACUUUUUAGGAACGGUGUAUAAGAAUUCAUCUAGGGAGAACCUAAUGGAAGUUUUGAAACAAGACGGGCUUGAUAAACUCUGUUGGAUUGCAGCCAGAGAACAGUGGCAGCCUCAAGAAACAAAUGAAAGUUUUAGAAUCUAUCAAGAUGCAUUGCUGCAGAGUGAUCUCACAUUGUGCCCAGUGGGAGUAAAUACAGAAUGUUAUAGAAUUUAUGAAGCUUGUUCAUAUGGCUCUGUUCCUGUUGUAGAAGAUGUAAUGACACCAGGCAAGUGUGGAAAUUCAUCUAUAUACCACAGUGCUCCACUGCAAUUACUAAAGACCAUGGGGGCUCCAUUUAUCUUUAUUAAAAACUGGGAAGAACUUCCUGCUGUUUUAGAAAAAGAGAAAAAUAUGAGCUUACAAGAAAAGAUUCAAAGGAGAAAAAAGCUUAUAGAAUGGUACCUGUACUUCAAAGCACAAAUGAGACAUAAAUUUAUUAAUAUCUUGGAAAAUUCAUUUUUACCAAAUUAUAAAGGUUAAUUGCCUCCUUUGAAAAUCAAAAAUAGAUCAAAAGUUUAAUUUUCACUGACCUUCAAGUAAGCUUUUAUAUAAAAAUAAAAAAUAAAUGAACCACUUCCAGUGCAGGUGCAAUUUCUUUGAAGUCAAUAGAGGUGCACCAGCUUACCUAGGGCUGAUUUUCACCCUUCUUUCCUAAACUACUUUCAGAGAGGAUGCAGUCUUACAGGAUAGUAGUCUGGAUGGAUGACAUCAACUUUAUUAUUAUUUUUUGCAAUGACCAUCUCUCAUUCUUAGCAACUCAGUACUUCUGUGUUUUAAUCUAGAUAUGGAAGCAUUUCAGCAAAUACAUCACCCAAAGAUAAAUGUUUCACAAAAAGCAUAAUAAGUGGUGGCUCCACUACACUGAUAUUUAAACCUUAAGCAUUCUUUCCUGAAAGUCUCCUGCUAUCAUUUUCCUUAUUUGAAAAUAUAAUUUUAUUAUAGUUUUCGUUAACUGAGGAAAAAGAGAACUAUGGUCAAGCAAGCCUUGAAUGACAGAACUUUUAACAAUAUCAAAAUAAAGUCUUUAAACUAUUGCAGAUAAUGAGAGCUCUCCUCCCAUUUUUGGCAGGUACAAAAUGAAGCCAUUUAAUAAUCUGGGCUCCUCCCAUUUGUCUAGUGUCUUAGGGGGAGAUGUUAUGUAUUGAAAAAUUUCAUUUCUGUGACGUUAUCAAGAGAACUUUCCUCUCCAAAACUGGCCAUUGAUAGAUGGAAUAUUCCUUGCUACCCCACUCAUCCUCACCACUGCCCACUUCUUUGACUAGCUUGCUACCAUAUACUAAAAGUAUCUUCGACCAUCCUGGAAUAAAUGGUCAUUAAAUCUUUUUUCAUCCAAAACACUUCUGUAAAGGAACGUCCUCAUAUUUUAAAUAUGUGUCUAAACUCCUUACCCAUCCCUGUUCCACCAAAAAGUAACAGUUUACCUUUUAUUGAAAGUUUUUUCCUUUAAUGUUUUGGUGAUUGUGCAUGAUGUUGUCAGAGUAUGAAUACAGUGUGUAAAGAUGCAUUUGGGCAACAUUUUCAACAAAAAUAGAGACCCACUUGUUCAGAUAAAGUUAUAAAAACAAUUGUGCUUCUAUCGCAGGGGUCGGCAACCUUUCAGAAGUGGUGUACCGAAUCUUCAUUUAUUCACUCUAAUUUAAGGUUUUGCGUGCCAGUAAUACAUUUUAACAUUUUUAGAAGGUCUCUUUCUCUAAGUCUAUAAUAUAUAACUAAACUAUUGUUGUAUGUAAAGUAAAUAAGGUUUUUUAAAUGUUUAAGGAGCUUCAUUUAAAAUUAAAUUAAAAUGCAGAGCCGCCCAGACCAGUGGCCAGGACCUGGGCAGUGUGAGUGCCACUGAAAAUCAGCUUGUGUGCCGCCUUCGGCUCGUGUGCCAUAGGUUGCCUACCCCUGUUCUAUCGUAUAGCUUUGAGGCCAAGAGCUUAGAAAGAUUCAAAAAGGGAUUGGGAGUAAAAAUGUUCAAAUGUGCCAGCAUGAUCUAAGAGCCUGCUUCCCAUAUCCUUGCUCUUUCCUCUGAAGCAUCUGGUUCUAACCACUGUUAGAGACAGAACACUGGACUUAGUGGACACCAGUCUUCUCUAGUGAGGCAAUUCUUGCAUUUCUGCAUCUGUUUGUGAUUGCACCUACAAGUGGCCAUUUAAGGUUUUGUUUUUAAUUUGGCUCUGUAGAGAGGGUUGCACUCUCUGCUUGUCAGAUUCUCCACAUGUGUGGGUGACAGGGCAGGCUCUAGCUUUUUUGCUGCCCCAAGCAGCAAAAAAAAAAGCGCCGCCCCCGCAGAACGCCGCCCCCCCCGCCGCGCGCCGGAACCCCCCCUCCGCCGAGCGCCGAGCCCCGCGCCGCCCCACCCCCCGAGUGCUGCGCCGCCGGAGCCCGCCCCCUGCCGAGCGCCGCCGGAACCCCCCUCCAGCGCCGCGCCCGUGCUGCCCCCCUGCCGAGCGCCGCGUGCCGGAGCCUGCCCCCCAUGCCGAGCGCCGCCGGAACCCCCCCCCCCCGAGCGUCGAGCCCCACGCUGCCCCCCCACACACACACCGAGUGCCGCGCCGCCGGAUCCCGCCCCCGCCGAACGCCGCCGGAACCCCACCCAGAGCGCCGCCCCACGCCGAGCGCCGCGCUGUCGGA